GAUUCAGCCAGGACACCUGACCCCAACUGACCACAGGAAUAUCCCAUACUGUAUGGAGUCAUGCUCACCAUAUGUAGAGCUGGGGGAAGAAGAAAAAAGUGGUCUGUCUCUCGUUAUGUUUGGAAGUUAUCAUCAGCCCACACCUCAUCUCCUUCCUCUCUUUCCCUCCCUGCGGAUGAUGGCGUGUCAGAAGCAGUUGGUGAGGAAUCGAGACGGCUUACCAGAGAACAACUUUUUACAAUAGUUGCAGCAGCUUCUAUAAAUUUUAGUUCAAUGAUAUGCUACUCAAUCCUGGGACCCUUUUUCCCUUCCGAGGCAGAAAAAAAAGGUGCCAGUAACACAAUUGUUGGCCUGAUUUUUGGAUGUUUUGCAUUGUUCAAUUUCUUGACUUCUUUAAUAUUGGGAAAUUAUCUUUCACAAAUUGGAGCAAAAUUCAUGUUUGUGGCAGGGAUGUUUGUUUCAGGAUGUGUGACCAUUCUGUUUGGAAUGCUCGACAAGGUGCCAAGUGGACCAAUGUUCAUCGGUUUCUGCUUUUUAGUAAGAGCAAUGGAUGCAAUAAGCUUCGCAGCAGCAAUUACAGCAUCGUUCUCAAUUCUUGCAAAGGCAUUUCCCUCUAAUAUAGCUACUGUCCUGGGCAGCCUUGAAAUUUUUUCAGGUCUCGGACUGGUGCUGGGCCCACCGUUGGGUGGCUUUUUGUAUCAGUCAUUUGGUUAUGAGGUCCCUUUCAUCACGCUGGGAUGCAUAGUGUUGGCUUUGGUGCCUGUGAAUAUGUGCAUAUUGCCAAAAUACGAUUCGACUCCUAGGAAGGAAUCCUUUUGGAAGCUAAUUCUUCUGCCAAAAGUCUUAAUACUCUGUCUCACUAUAUUUUCUCUAAGUGCAUGCUUGGGUUUUUUGGAUCCCACAAUGUCUCUAUUUAUCCUAAAGAAGUUCAAACUCCCAGCUGGUUAUGUGGGCUUGGUGUUCCUUGGUUUGGCACUCUCGUACUCCGUGUCUUCUCCCCUCCUUGGACUUGUAAGCGACAAACUGCCGUACACCAGGAAGUGGCUGCUGAUAUUUGGAGACUUAAUAACAGCAGUGUGCCUUUUCAUGCUAGGACCUGCUCCUGUACUGCACAUUGAAAGUCAGCUGUGGAUGUUUGUGCUAGUGUUGGUUUUGAUUGGCUUUUCCCUUGGCAUGAGUGCUAUCCCAGUGUUUCCAGAGAUCCUGCAAUGUGCAUAUGAGAAUGGAUUUGAAGAAGGUCUGAGUCUUCUGGGACUGGUGUCUGGGCUCUUUAAUGCCAUGUGGUCCCUUGGGUCAUUUGUAGGUCCAAUUCUGGGAGGAUUUCUAAAUGAAGAGCUGGGUUUUGAAUGGGCUGCAGCCAUCCAGGGAGGAUGGCCACUGUUAAGUGGUCUUGCAACUGGAAUAUUUUAUAUCAUUGAGGCAACAAGGAAAAGUUCCAGCUCCAGCCUGCAAAAUCCUCCUGGUGAUAACGAAGAAAGGACUCGUCUAAUGGGCAAUGAAACAUAGCCAGAUACACUUUCAAUUCUCUGCUAUUGUGGUUUAACCUAGUAUUGAGGUGACUAGCCUUAACAGUGCUUCAUUAUUCUGGAGCUGGGAUGUGAUCCCUUAGUGAACAACCAACUGUGGUUUAAUUGUAGAGGCAUUACUGUUUUGAAACACUAAACACUGACUGCCUUUCUUUUGGAAGUUCUCCUAAAUGAUGAGUAACCCAUAGCUGUCAGCCUGUUUAAUUGUGUUCCAUGUACAGUGUGCCACUGUAUGUGAAGAGAUGUGUUUUCAAAUGUCUGUUCCAUACUUGUGUGGGCUGUACAUUAUUCUUGGGUAAAGCUACCAUGAUUUUCUGUACUUUUUUAAAGGAAGUUCAUUAUCUUGUAAAACACAAUUUGAAAUCAUAAAGGACUAAGCACACAAUUGUUUUCAAUAAAGCAACUUUUUUCCUAACUUUUGUAAAUUUUCUUUGACAACAAGAGUCUAAAAUACUUCUUGUUUACUAGCACUUGAGUUAUCUUGAGGGUGCCUGAAAAUGAGAUGCAAAAAUAAUGAAAAUUUGCCAUGUCUACACAGAAAAAAAUCGAUCUUCAGUCCUGAAGGAAACUUGGCAUCUGGUGUAUACAUUGAUACACAUACACAAAAGAACUCUGAAUCUGAGGGAAAUUGAGCCAUUUGCCAGCAGGACCUCUGUUGCCAUCUGAGUUACAAAAUGGUAGGGAAUCAGCAAGAUGAAAUUUAUGUCCUGGGUGCCUUUGAUGGGCUAUAUGUUAUUGAAGGACAGUAUUAUUUGCAGAUCUGCACUCUGCCCACCUGAUCACAUGUGGGCAGCCUGUGGAGACAGCUCAGACCAAGUUUGAGCUGUUCUCCCUCAGCGGCACGUUUGGCACCAGCUACGUCUUCCCAGAAGUGUUGUACAGCGGGGUGCAGCUGGCCCCUGGGGAGUUCGAGGUGCUAACUGACGGACGUCUGAUAAAUCGGAAUGCUACAUCAAAGCCAGUUUUGAGUGUGACACUCUUUGGGAGGUGGUAUGAAAAGGAUCCUUCAAACAAAGAUCGAGCUUCACCAUGAUUUCACCGCAGAUCUUCAAGCUUUCAUCAGCUUGUUUCUGUAACACUGAUUAAUCAAAAUAAUGGCAAUUAAUACUAAUAUUCCUAAUUAAAAUGGCAUUCUAUUUCUCAAA